AGCAAAACUUUUAAAUAUGCCAGUAUUUAUAUUCUUAAAAAAUUAUAGUUCAAAAUGACUUUAAAUUUUUGCUUUUUUCAAUUUUUUUAACCUAGCAAGUAUCUGUUCGAAAAUGAUAAAUGAUUUUUUUUCUUGAUGAAUUGUACUGUAGCGGUUUCUAGCGGCACCUGAAAAUAUCUUUGUAUUUAAGUCAAGUUAGUUUCGCAAAAAAUGUAGUUCAUACUCAAUUGAUAUUUAUUUUUAUAACCAUCUUUAUCUUUAUAACGUAUGUAUAAUAAGAAACAUUAAUUUUCUUAGUUAUUUAAACAGGUGAAACAUACAUACUUCAAUUUUCUGUGAAAAUUGAGUGGAAGGAUACAUUGCUCUAUUGAGGUGUGCAGUAGUUCUUCGCACAGCGGUAGUGAUCGGACGAAGUCGGUGUGCGGUUAAUAGUGUCCGACGGAAUCUUAAUUUUUAGUGAACGAUGAGCUGGCAGGAUUAUGUUGAUAAGCAAUUGCUUGCUUCGAGAUGUGUUACUAAAGCAGCAAUUGCAGGACAUGAUGGGAAUGUGUGGGCCAAGUCAGAAGGAUUUGAGGUUUCUAAAGAAGAGAUAGCAAAGCUGGUUCAAGGGUUUGAGAAGCAGGAUAUACUGACGUCGUCAGGAGUGACGCUGGCGGGUAGCCGCUACAUCUACCUGUCUGGCACGGACAGGGUGAUACGAGCCAAGCUGGGCAAGGUGGGGGUGCACUGCAUGAAGACACAACAAGCCGUCGUAGUUUCUUUAUACGAAGAUCCCAUCCAGCCGCAGCAAGCCGCCUCGGUAGUGGAGAAGCUCGGAGACUACCUGGUGUCCUGUGGAUACUAGAGAUAAUAUGUAAAGAACUGUUCUCCUGGGUGAUUAAGCAAACUUCAGAGCAGAAAUGGUCUUUAUUUGUCAAUACAGCGAACUGUUACGUGCAUCAUGGUUCCGGCUAAAUUUGGUUUGAGUUGAAACAUUCGAGGACAAAAAAAAAUUAUAUGGAUUGUGUUUUUAAUUGGUAAACCUGCAAGAAGCAAGCUAUUGAGCUAUCAGGCUUUCGGCUCCUUAUCUUGGUGCAUGACUGCAUUCCUCCGAAGCACAUCUUGAAGCGUGGCUGGGAAGAGGCAAGAUGUGCUUCGUUGGAACUUACGUAUAAAAAUAUUUGGACAAAGUUUUUUGUAGCAUAUUAUAGAAUGCCCAUUGCAUUUGAUACCAAGUUGUUACAGUUUUUAUAAUUCUAGUCUGCUCUUUCUAACCCCUGUCUUGUCCUUGCUAUGUGGAAAAAGAAACUUAAGCUUACAAAAAGAUAGAGAUGUCUUUAAAUCUUUACCUUGCUUUCAACUCAUUGUAUUCAUUCCUCUAUGUUAUGUCAAACGCUUGGAUUAAUUGGUGAAGCUCCCUGGGGCAAGAGUGAUGUGAUGUGAUCUACCAUAUGUUUUUAUGAUGUUUUGCAGACAUUGAGUAUUGAAGAAAACUACAAAAAUGUUAUAUUAAUGCCAAUCUUAGUUUUGUACUAAGUUGUCAUGAUUUAUAUGACAAAUUUAAUUUUUACUACACGGUCUGAUUUAAAAAAGCUUUGUAUACACAUCUCAAGAAGCUGAAAUUUGAAAAGAUGUCGAGUAAAAAAUAAAUUUGUAUAAAGUGAUGUAUUUUUUGGGGGUUUCUGCAGGUUGUAAUGUUAGGCUUUAAGAAAGAAUUUAUCUUCUGUAUCUGUAACAGCAUGUAUGAUUCAUCUGGAGGUUAAUUUAGUUUGGGUGCAUUGUAGACGUGCCAAAUGCUCAGGCUUCAUCAGUGUGUGGCUGUUGUGGAUUUCUACAUUUUGUACAUUUCAAUAUGCUGUAAUACAAUAUUUUGCAUAAUUCUAUUGGAUUGCAGUGUAAUGUUCUCUUUCAGAACCCCCAAUAAAAUUUAUGAACAAAUUUAA